AUGCUCAGCAUGACGGCGUUGGCGCUGUUGGACAAGCCCCUGGACGAACCGGGUACCCUCAAGGUCAAGAACCGGUAUAUCCGCCUGUCGGGCACGGCCGUGUAUAUCGCCGUAACCGUGUGCGUGCCCGCCACACCGAAGAUGGACGCGCGACUCUUUCUCGGAAUCGCGGCUUUCAUGCUCCUGGCCGUGACCGUGUGGGAAUGGAACGUCGGUCUGGAUAGAGCAGGCGCGCUGAUUGAGCCGAGGGGGUUUUUCCACAUGAUGAGCCGGGAGUUGAAGUCUUUGCCUUCCUCGAGGAAGAAGGAGAAAUGA